UGCCAACUUUUCUAAAACUUAUUGAGAUCCGAAAACUGUUUACCCUCUUUUGAUCAAAUACCAUCGCUAUACAUUUAACUGCUGCAUCAAAAUGAAUAGCCGAUUGCAGAAAGCUUUCGAAUGCAGCAUUUGUCUUGAGUUCUUCGAGAACCCUCGCAUGUUACCAUGUGGUCAUUCCUACUGCGGGUCCCCAAGGACUUGUUUGACAGACCUGUUGAACCUAAGUGACCCGCCUAAAUGUGCCGUCUGCAAGCAGGACAUUUUGGUCGAUGUUUUAGAUGAGGACAAACUGACAAAAAAUUUUGAUCUCGGCUCAGCAAGUGAGGCAAUGAGAGCUUAUGGAUCAGACACACAAGCAACUUCUGCGUCUGAAACGGACAACACCAAAUUAUGUGUUAAUCACAACCAACCUAGCGAGUAUUUUUGCCGAAGAUGUGAUAUCUUUAUCUGCCGAGUGUGCUGGAGAUCCGAUCAUCGACAAUCAGCCGAUCACGACGUAAUUCACCUGUCGAUGAUUUUGGACGAAUACAUUGAAACCAAAGAAUCAGUGGAAAAAUAUAAAGCGUCAGUCGAGAAAAUAUCCACGUCUAUUAAAGACGGGGAACAUGAUUUGAGUCAAAUUCUGGAAGCUAUCGAGGAAGCUAAAAACCGACUAAAUAAAAUCAGCGAAGAAAGUUCUGGGACCGAAAUCCGAACUUCGACUCAGGAAAUAUUCGCCCAAUUGGCAGGACAGGCUAAGUCUUUGAAAAUGAUACGCAUCGGGUUAAUUUACAACAUCAACUUUCUAUUCGAAGGCGCUGAGGAAAGUUUGAAAUCGUCGAUUGACUCUAUGCGCGAGCUUACUUUGAAUACACCGGGAAAAAACAAUGCAUUUUUGGAAGAAACUUUUAGAUUUCUCACGAUAUCAAAACAUAAAUCUUUGAUUGUUCCGCUAAUCGGUUGCAAGAAAGCAGUCAUGGAUACAAAAGGAAACAUAAUUUGUUUUGGAGACUCAAAUGAUCAAAUUUUGUUGGCUAAAUUCAAUUUGGAAAGAGACCAAUUAGUUGACAAGGGUCUUUAUAACUGGAACCAACGCAAAGACGGCACAAUACUAGUCAAUAUUUGCAUGGCCUCCGACAAAUUGAUUGCUAUUGUUAACAAUAACAAAUCGAAAAAAGUCCAUUUCGAGUUAUUGAAUACUGAAACCUUGAAAACAGAAAAAAAAAUUAACGUCCAGGAUUUUGCUAUUCCGCCACAAGACUUAAACGGACUAUCGUACUUUAUUUCAGGAAAUCGGAAUUACAUGGCUCUUUUUACCAGGCGUGGGGCGAUUGUUCUAAAGUGUUUUAUUCUCCAUGACAAAAAAUUGGUUCGGGUGCUACAUUUGGACGAGAAAGCCGGAUUGUUAUACCAUGCUUCGUAUUUUCUUCAUGCUAAUUUUUUUGCCUUCAAAACGACCAAGAAUGUACUAUGUAUUGUUAGUUUUGAUGACCAGGACGAAGGGAAAAACAAGAAAUUAUUAGUUCAGCUGGAAAAUAUCACCGAAAUAUUUUCGGUCACGUUUCUUGCGACAGACUCAGAGAGCCGCGGGUUUCUGUGCGUUUCAGACGACAGAUACCCAAACAACAAUUUCAAGUCCGAAAUUUACAAAGUCGAUUUGACUAGGCUUGAAGACGGCCAAAAACUGCCGCCUAUCAAAAUUGAAGAACGAAACAGUUUCAACAAGCAAGAUAUCAAAUUUGUAGCUGCGUUAACCAACUCACUGAUUUUGUGUCGAGACAAUUACCAGUCGAGACUGACUAACAGCAACAUCAUGAGUGGCUAUACUACCCUCAAGUUCGAGAUGAAAUAAAACUUAAUGUGGGGCGACAAUUCGUAACGGACGACAAUUCGUAACAUUAGAUUAAGCUGGGAACACUGAUUCACGCGCAGCAUUCGUCUCGUGCCGGAUGCAAGCGCAGCAGAGCGAAGUGUUGCCAGCCUGGCAACAGAGGGUAGGGCUCGAUACGAAAAAUAGAGCCGGUUAUCGCUGCAACAUUAUGCUCAGUUAUCUCUGACCAAUUAAAACUUUAUAAAAAAGAUAGAUUGGCAUCAUAUGGUAGAUUGGAAUCGGGUAGAUUGUCGUGAAACAUUUCUUGUUGCAAAUUGUCGCUUGUUACGAAUUGUCGCCGGUUAAGAAGUGUCGAAUUACUCAAACUUAAUUAUACGAAGACUGCUUCUAUCAAAACAAAUCCUUGAGUAUCCUGAUAUUUGAUCAAAACCGCGGAAAAACUUCAACUACAAAAUGUUCUGGAGAAAAACCACCCGAGAAAAUAAAACUCAUCACUUCUAUAUACGUUAUACGUUCUAUAUUUAAAAAAUGCCGUUCUAAAAACAAAACGUGGGUUUUAUUUUCUCCAGCUUUUUCACCGUAAUCAGAAAUUCUAAAAUGCGGAUCCCCUCGAUUUUGGUCUAAAAAACUCUUCCGAAAAUUCCAUCGUACUUACCAUUUGACGGCGUCUAAUUUUUCUCGGGCAGCUUUCUAUGCAAAGUUUUUGCAAAAAAUGUUUUAGAGUAGCAAAAAGAGGUUAAUUUAGCAGGUCAGCUGAACUUACAACAUGAAAUUAUUUGAUCCGAAAAAUGGUCGGCAAUUAAGUUCAAUUUUACAGAGCACCGAAAUACGUAAUCUUUGUAUGCCACUGCUGAAAGUUGUUCGAAUCAAAAAUCAAAGUUGUUCGAAAACAAGCUAGCAUCAAAUGAUAGUUCAAGUUGUUUGAUUUUUCAACAAUAUUUUUGAACACACUGAAGCGAGAUACAAUUCCCGAAAAUACAUGGUUUUCAAAAAUCAU